GAAUAGCAAGGAUCGAAUGGACAGCUGAUUGCUUGAGCCCAUCGGACGGCCGCGUGGCUCCCAGGAGCCCUAUAUCACCAUCCUUGCCCACCGCCUCCCCUCAUCACCAGCGUCCGCCACCGCCGCCGCCUUUCGUACCGCGGCCCCUAAACCCCUUUCCUCGUUCCCCUCCGUCUCUCAGUUAGGCACAAUGAUGCUAGCUAAUAAGCUUGGUGGUCUGCUCAAGAAUGCUACGAGUUCAAAUAUGUCUGUCUACCAAGCAAUCAGAUGCAUGUCAUCAUCCAAGCUUUUUGUUGGAGGGCUUUCUUAUGGAACCGAUGAUCACAGUCUCAGAGACGAGUUUGCCAAAUAUGGACAAGUUAUUGAAGCUAAGAUUAUCCUUGAUCGUGAGUCUGGGAGGUCCAGAGGUUUUGGCUUUAUAACUUACACGUCUUCUGAGGAGGCUUCGGCUGCCAUCACUGCCAUGGAUGGAAAGACUCUGGAUGGACGGAACAUACGGGUUAAUCAUGCUAACGAGAGGACAGGUGGCUUCCGCAGCAGCGGUGGUUAUGGUGGUGGCGGCUAUGGUGGUGGUGGUGGUGGCUAUGGUGGCGGUGGCUAUGGUGGCGGCUAUGGUGGUGGUAGCGGUGGCUAUGGCGGCGGCGGCAGUGGUGACUAUGGUGGCGGCAGCGGUGGAUAUGGUGGCAACUACGGCGACAGGGCUGGUGGUGGCUAUGGUGGUGGUGGUGAUUAUGGAGUUGCAGGUGGGGCUGAAGGCAGUUUUGCUGCUGGAGGUAGCGACAGCUUUGGCAGCAGUAACUUUGCUGACAGUGGUUUUGGUGAAAACCCUGCUGGUAGCUUUGGCGCAAUGGGUGGUUCCAGUGGCGCUGAUGGGUUCUCUGCCGGCACACCUGGUGACGGUAACAAGAAUGAUGAAAUCAUGGAUGAUCUCUUCAAGGACGAUGAGCCUGACAGCUACGCCAACAAGAGGAGCUAAUUUGUGUCCACCACCACCAUGCGAGGCCGUGUGGAUUCUAGGCCAUAUGUAUUCGGUAGUGUUUUCUGUUAACAUGAUAGGUGUCUGAUGUCUAAAUAAUGGAACGAGUCCUUUUGUUGAGUUUGAGUUGUGGAACUUUCAAAGCGUGCGUUGCAUGCUGGCGCUUGUGCCGGCAAACAUGGCAUACUUUCAUGUUAUAUUGUUAUUUGCUA